AUGUGGGGAAGAGAUCCUAAAUGCCACUGGGUAGUCAAGAAUGCUUGGAAGGAUAAGCUUCAUCAACAUCCAAUGAUUAAUUUCUACCGAAAGCUUAAGAAGACAAAGGAACAUAUAGCAAGGUGGAACAAAGUCCAUUUCAAACAAAUCGGACACCAAGUAAAUGAGGCUAGAUCAUCACUCCAACAACUCGAAGGUCGGGACAAUGUAAAUGGGGAGGACCUAACAAAAGCUAGAGAUAGUUUGAACGAAGCCCUCGCCAGGGAAGAGAUUUUUUGGAGACAAAAAUCUAGAGUCAAGUGGCUACAACAGGGAGAUAGCUGCACAAAAUUCUUCAUGGCUACCACUGUCAUCCGACGGAGACGAAAUUACAUCCAACAGGUUCGGUUGGAAGAUGGAGGGUGGGUAAUGAGCUUUUGA